AGUAAACGAGUUGUUAAACGAUAUUCUCAAACAUCGACCAUGUCAUCUCGUGACGGAGGCAAGAAGAAGCCGCUGAAGGCCCCGAAGAAGGGAGAAAAAGUUCUCGACGAAUCUGAUUUGGAGUUUAAGAAGAAGCAACAAGAAGAGGCGAAGAAGUUGAAGGAACUCGCCGCCAAGGCCGGCCAAAAGGGUCCCUUAGCUGGAGGAGGGAUUAAGAAAAGCGGUAAGAAAUGA